AUGGGCGACGCCGAGACAGGGGUUAGCAGCAGCAGGGGACUCGGGAGGCAGCGGGGGACUCGGGAGGGGGGACUCGGGAGGCAGCCGGGGACUCGGGAGGCAGCGGGGGACUCGGGAGGCAGCGGGGGACUCGGGAGGGGGGACUCGGGAGGCAGCGGGGGACUCGGGAGGCAGCGGGGGACUCGGGAGGCAGCAGGGGACUCGGGAGGCAGCAGCCAGCAGGGGACUCGGGAGGCAGCAGGGGACUCGGGAGGCAGCAGCAGGGGACUCGGGAGGCAGCAGGGGACUCGGGAGGCAGUAGCAGGAAGCUCAGCCAGCAUGCGACGGCACCGUGGAGCUGGCUGGAGCGGCGGCCUGGAGGGGGGGCGUCGAUGA